CCUUGCGAGGCGAAACAUCUCCUCCCUCCCCGUCCGCCGCCUCAGCACGCCCAAAGGAGAAUACGAAGAACCCACUUAAGGAAUUAAUUAAGAAGCGAAUAAGAAUUCCGGACAGUGAUUUGCUGGAUGUUUAUCUAGGUCGCUCGCAGAGACCGCGGGCCUAAACUCAGCCACCAUGUUCGUGCUGCGCCUGGUGGCCGCCAUAUGGUGCUGCUCGUACCUCGCCCUCACGCGGAAGAUCCCCUACUACGACACUUUCGACGAUGACUUCUACUCCGAACUGAGGAACCUGCUGGAGGAGCACCAGAGCGGGAAGGGCGCGCCCCCCGUGGCCCACCCCCGCGAGGUGCGCGGCUGGGGCGAGGAGUUGGGCAUCGGGCAGGUGGCGGGCGUGAGCGUGGACCCCGACGGCCACCCCGUCGUGUUCCACCGUGGAGGCCGAGUCUGGGACUACACGGAGCGACGGCAGUUCCCGCGCCCUCUACGUGCCGCACGGCCUGGCGCUGGACGACAGCCGCGACGCCCUCUGUGUGGCCGACCGCGAGAACCGCCGUGUACUGUGCCUCAGGGCGGGUCUCCGUCACGUGGACGACUUCGGCGAGGCCUUCAUGACGCUGCAGGAACCCAACCAGGGCCGUGUGUUCGACAUCGCCACUGUCAACGGCGUGGUGGUGGGCGUGGCCGGCAGCGAAGACGAGGGCGCUGCCACGGGAUUCACGGCCGAUCUGAGCAACGGGAAAUUGCUGGACGCGUGGGGGCCGCUCGUGGGCUUCCACAACCCGCACGCCAUUGCCGUGAGCCGCGACGGGGCCGCCAUCUACGUCUCCGAGAUCGGGCCGAACCGCAUCUGGAAAUUCCUCCUGGAGAGUCCUGCAGCCUACUAAAAACGAUCCUUCGUCUGCAGUUUUGCUUCUUGUUGCUUUUGGAAUGGCUCCCUCUAGGGGGGACGUUGAUAGAUAUAUAUUUGUAGAGAGAAGCGAUUUUUCUGAGAAUAUUUUCCAGGUGCAAAAGAAUGCUAUUGUCUAGACACGGAAUACUUUGCAGAUAAUGGGUCCUUGAGAAAAAUAUAUGGGAUAAUGCAAAAGGGACAGGGAAAAUAGGAGAAUGGUGCUAUCUUUAGAAAGAUUAGAAAGAGAUGUCUUCAAAACGAAUUAUCCGAGAGAAAAAAGUGUUGCAUAUUCUGAAAAAAAUACACAUAUAAUUCCUCUCUUGAGGGUUUUUCUUGUACAAAGCGAUUAUUGUUCGAAAAUGUUUCCAGAGAAGGAAAAAGGGAGUGUAUUAACGGAUUACGAAAAUGGCCAAACGUAUAUUGCAUUCAUUAAAAAUCUGUCCCAGGCAUUCUGGCCUAAAUAAGACUUAAUGACGUCACAGAUUAUGUAAUAGCUUAGUGAAAUUCAGAUGGUAAUACAUAUGCAGUUACAUUUCCAACCCGCCACUUCUGGAUACAUCUUGCAUUACCCACUUGUACAAUUUAUAAUCAUUAAGCACUCCGUUUAUCAAACAUUCAUCAUUCUUAUCAGUAUUAUCCAAUUCCUGAAUGCAAUCAGACUGCCACAGCGUUUUAUAGUAUAACUGAUCAUGGUUCUCUGUUGUAUCUAAUAAUAGAUGAAGGUGAUUUUCUCAAAAGAAAGACGGGGUUACUAAGAAACUUCAAGUCUUUAGCGACGAUUAGCGCAAAUAUCGUUAGUUGAAAUAUGAUAUACAUCUCUCGAAAGACCAGCAAAGAAUCUAGCUAGUUGAAUACAUAGCUUUAUCUGGAUUUUUCAAACAUAUCAUGUAGAAAGGGUAUAAGAUUCUUUUCAAAACAGACUUGAUAUAGGUGGCUGAAAAUUAUGCUUUGUGUAUCAAAAGGAAAAGAGUAGAUACUGCCCUGGGUGGCAAAUGAAAUUUUGCAGCCAAUG